GCCACCCCGUCGUAGAGCGAAGCCGCGUGCGAGUGAAAGGGCGGGUGCGGAGGCGCCCGGGUGUAAGGGGCCCCUGGCGGUAUGACCCAGUCGGUGGUGGUGCAGGUCGGUCAGUGCGGAAACCAGAUCGGCUGCUGCUUCUGGGACCUAGCGCUGCGGGAGCACGCCACGGUGAACCAGAAAGGAAUUUAUGAUGAGGCGAUCAGCAGCUUCUUUAGGAAUGUAGAUACCAGGGUAGUUGGUGAUGGUAGCAGUAUUUCCAAGGGGAUAAUUCGUUCUUUAAAAGCACGAGCUGUCUUGGUUGACAUGGAAGAAGGGGUAGUAAAUGAAAUUCUCCAGGGACCUCUCAGAGAUGUAUUUGAUAGCAAGCAGCUCAUCACUGAUAUUUCUGGCUCAGGAAAUAAUUGGGCUAUGGGUCACAAAGUUUUUGGCAGUCUUUACCGAGAACAGAUUUUAGAGAAACUCAGGAAGUCUGCAGAGCACUGUGAUUGCUUGCAGUGUUUCUUUAUAAUACACUCCAUGGGAGGAGGAACAGGGUCUGGAUUUGGCACAUUUCUUUUAAAGGUGCUCGAAGAUGAAUUCCCAGAAGUAUACAGAUUUGUGACUGCAGUCUAUCCUUCCAGUGAGGAUGAUGUCAUAACUUCCCCAUAUAAUAGCCUCUUGGCAAUGAAGGAACUUAAUGAGCAUGCAGACUGUGUGUUGCCCGUCGACAAUCAAUCUUUAUUUGACAUCAUAAGCAAAAUUGACCUUGUGGUGAGUUCUGGAAAGUUGGGUCCCCUUGUGAAGCCAGACAGUCUGGUUACUUCAGGUGCUAGAGCUUUUAAGAAACAGCACAAGAAACCCUUCGAUGCAAUGAACAACAUUGUGGCAAAUUUGCUGCUCCAUCUGACAAGCUCUGCGCGGUUUGAAGGGUCCCUUAAUAUGGACCUAAAUGAAAUCAGUAUGAAUUUAGUCCCAUUUCCUCAACUUCAUUAUCUUGUGUCAAGCCUAAUGCCUCUGUAUACACUGGCAGAUGUUAAUAUCCCUCCUCGCAGGUUGGAUCAGAUGUUUUCAGAUGCCUUUAGUAAAGACCACCAGCUAAUUCAAGCAGACCCAAAACACAGUCUCUAUCUUGCCUGUGCUCUUAUGGUUCGAGGAAAUGUACAGAUUUCAGAUCUUCGCAGAAAUAUUGAAAGAUUAAAGCCUUCUCUACAGUUUGUGUCCUGGAAUCAAGAAGGCUGGAAGACCAGCCUGUGUUCAGUACCUCCAGUGGGACACUCCCAUUCGUUAUUAGCUUUAGCAAAUAACACAUGUGUGAAGCCUACCUUCAUUGAGCUGAGAGAGAGGUUCAUGAGACUCUACAAGAAAAAGGCUCACCUCCACCACUAUCUACAAGUCGAAGGGAUGGAGGAAAGCUGUUUCACAGAAGCUGUGUCGUCGUUGUCAGCACUUAUCGAGGAGUACGACCAGCUAGAUGCCACAAAGAGCGUGCCUGUGGAGAGUGUACCGAGGCUGAGCGUAGCUGUGAAAUAACUAAUAUUUAGGAUUGGCCAAUGAAAACUAAUAUGGAGCUCAGAAAAUAUGUCUCCGGGUUCUCUGCAGUCUCUGUGACACACACAAGAUGUAAUCCAGAGCAUCUUCCACUUAAAUGACGCUUCAUUGGGGCACUCAAAUUGAAUGGCAAUCAUUUUAGACUUAUUGGGGAUGCAGCAUCUCUUAUCUGUGCAUAUUCCACAGAAAAUGGUUUUGGUAAGCCCACAAGCUAACCCUGGCCAAAAGGAGUAAAGACCAUCAUCAGAGAGCUUUGAGAAGGAGGAAGACGCAAAAGCAGAAGAUUCUAAUACUGCCAACAAAAAGAAAACCACAUUUAAAAUACCACUUAAACUAUGAGUUCAUUGCAACAGUAGGAUCUUGCAAUUGUACACUGAACUGAGGAAGAAGAAGCAGAAUCACGAAGAUAGCUGGAAGGUAGGCAGCAGUUUGAAGACUACAAUGAAGGAAGCAGAUUAGAAACCUGGCAUACAUUCAAAAUAAAGUCCUAAAGAAUCACUAGAUCAUCUCUGCAAUCACAAGGUAACACCAUAGAAAUCCAUGGAUGAAGAGAAGUGUAGUCUGAUAGUAGACUGAGAAGAGAGACACAUUAGAUACAGAAAAAAAAUGAAACCUGACUUCUCAUCAAAAGAAGGAGGAAGAAUGGGCAGAGAAGAUGCCCAGAUAGAAUGCUAAAAGCAAAAAAAAAAAUACAUCAACUUAGAAUUCCAUAUCCAGUGAAACUAUGUUUCAGAAAUAUGGAUAAAAGCCAUGUCCAGAUACAAACUAAGAAAAAUUUACUAAGGAAGUUACAAUAGUAACUCA